CUGGCAAGAAACCCUAAAGUAUCCCUUCACUUAUAUCUCCCUCUUUCGCAUUAGGGUUUCUCUUAAGUCGCGGCAGCAGCAGAACUUCGAUCUCUUUCUGGUGCUCUUCCUUACUCUUUCGUCCUCCUUCCAGGUAAAGUUUGGUAGAAGAUGGGUCGCGUUCGCACCAAGACUGUGAAGAAAUCUUCACGCCAGGUGAUUGAGAGGUAUUACUCUAAAAUGACACUGGAUUUCCACACAAACAAGAAGAUCUUGGAAGAGGUUGCCAUCAUCCCCUCAAAAAGGCUACGAAACAAGAUUGCUGGUUUCUCAACCCACUUGAUGAAGAGAAUUCAGAAGGGUCCAGUCAGGGGCAUCUCAUUGAAGUUGCAAGAAGAAGAGCGCGAACGCCGAAUGGACUUCGUGCCAGACGAAUCAGCCAUUAAGAUUAACGAAAUCAAGGUUGAUAAGGAGACACUUGAUAUGCUUGCUGCCUUUGGCAUGUCAGACAUUCCUGGACUUGUAGAGUUUGAGCCACAGGCUAUGAAUCUGCCCCAAGCUUUCGGUAGGGGUGCAGGUGGCCCAAGGAGAUACUAAGGUAACUGAGACCACGCAACAGGUUUUGGGAAUUAGAGUUUUUUGUUAUUCAAUAUCGUAAGACCAUGGACAUUCUUGUUGCUAGUUAUUUUCAGAUUGGUCCCUGUUUUUGGUACUUGUCUUUUUAGUUUUGAUUUUGAAUGGAUGAUAAUUUUGUUUCAUGUAUUGGAGAUCUAUGAAGUAAAAGUUUUUGCCAUUAGUCAGAUUUCACCA